AAGAUCUUUUCGUUCAACAAGGUGUAGAUUAAGGUAUCGGAAAAAAGGGUGCACAGAGAGAGGGAAAAAAUCGAAUAAGUCACCGAGAAGAAAAAGCAAGGGCUCUGUGUUGACUUCCCAUAAGAUAAUGAAAGAUACAUGUACCGAGUGUGCUUGCACCGAUUACGGGCACGGCUUUUGUGAAUGCGAUGUGCGCUGCAGUACCCGUGUACUCGGGGAACGAUUCGUAGCGAUGGCGCACUUUAUACUUGAUCGUGCGGGAAGCACUUGGUCCACACACAUAUUAUACAAAAUUAAUUGAAACUUCGCCUCGGGAACUAGUUUGUUAACUCCCAAUACCGAGGGAGUUAACAUCCACUGUCCAACCGAAAUAAACCGUGUUGUUUUAUUAUACCUCACACGUGUUUUAUUUAAUGACCUCUGAAAAUAAAAACACCAUCAUGAAAUAAAAGAAAAGUCCAAUCCUUUUGCGACACAGUAAUUUGUAAGCGUUUCUUCCGCAUUUUGGACAACUUUCUUUGUAAAUGGAGGAGGCAUUGUGGUCUAAAAAACGUUUUCCAGUUCGGCAUCUCUCAGUUGAUGAGCUGCAUACCGUUGCUAGGCUGGCGCCACCACGAGUGCACAGUACGCCCCGGCGACAGUUCCUUGAUUUUUUUUUUUGCUAUUGUAACAGAAAACCGUUAUGCUGCUCUUGCACGACUGACCAAAAACUCUGAUUGUCUUCGGGCUUUUUUACACUUCCUUUCAGUAGGCCCUAUGCAUUUCGUUACAAACAUGUUAAUGUCCACGCAUACGUUCACCAGAUGAACUGUCGUUGUGCCGUGAAUUCUCAUCUACCAAAAAACCCGGGUUCAGCCACCCGAACUCUGGUUUUCAGCUAGGUGAUGUGUCGCAUCAAGGGGCUUUGCAUACUGGUCUCGCCGAUUGAACGCGUCACCGUGCAUAGCGGGACUUUGAUCUGCCAGGUGUUGUUCGCAGUAUCGCAUCCUCUUUGGAAAACGAAAGUCGUAAACACGGAAGUCAAUUUGAGGUUUAUGCCACAAUGAGGAAUCUCAAGUCCAAAACUGACUUGGAGAAAGCAGCCGGAGACACCCUGAACAAGUCGCUCUUCAUCCGAGAACUUGACGUGACUAAGGAGGCCACCAUCAAAUUGGUCGCGGAUGAGAUUUUAAAAGAAAAUGGAAGAAUCGAUGUUCUUGUGAACAAUGCUGGCUACACGGAAACAGAUGCCAUCGACCAGCUGCCAUUGGAGGCUUGUCAGGCCAUGAUGGACACCAACUUCUGGGGCGCAGUGAGGACCAUGCGAGCCGUGUUACCAGCGAUGAAGAGGCAGACGUCUGGCCGGAUCAUCAACGUCAGCAGUGUGGCUGCUGUGUGGGGCGUGCCUUUCUCGGCCACCUAUACUGCUACCAAAUUUGCCUUGGAGGGCUUUACUGAAUCAAGUGCCUCUGUGCUGAAACGUACAUACAACAUCAGAAUGAGCCUUGUGGAACCUGGGCCGGUAAAAACAGCAUUGAUCAGCAAAAUUCGGACCCUAUCUCCUGCUGAGAAAUCCAAGAAUUUCGAUCCCCCUUUGAGAGAUGAAUUUUUGAAGUUUGCGGGGGAAAUAGCAGGGCCCAUGAUGAAAACAAUGGUGAGCGCCGACGAAGUAGCCAAUCUGAUUCUGGAGGCCAUAGUGAGUGAAAACCCCCACCUACGUUACCAGAUCCACGAGGUAUACAAGAAAGCGGCGGCCAAGAAAUUUAUUGACCCUCAUACAGACGCACAACUUGAUAUGAAAAACUUCGUGGAUAUGGUUUAUAAGUAGGCCCUGUUCAUGUAUGUUCGUGUCCCGUUAUUCCAAAGGGAAUUUAGUUUAUUUAGAACUGCGCUUGCUCAGUACUUGCAGAUGACAGCAGCGGGUUUUGGGCUAGCAGAUGACGCUUUUCGCCCUUGUUGAUAAAAAUGGGACGACCAUAAAAGCAGUGAUUUUCACUGACUAAAUGGUUUAUUUCAAAUAAAAAGUAUUGAUGUACGUGUAAAGAGUAGGGUGAGUUUCUUACUUGCAUGACAUUUCAGAAAAUCAGCAGACAAGUGCAAAUGAUUAAUGUGAGAGUUUACUGACUCACUCGCCACGACCAAAAAAUUAAAACAGCGAAUUUGACUGCCAAAAAAUGCCUUCUGUGAUAUCUCUUCAUAUUGAGUUUUCCUAGCGACGGUAACGCACCAAGCCAAAACGUAGAAAAGGUCCUCAAGAAUCUUUUCCUGACACUCCACUUUGGAGACGCCACCCUUUCUUUCCAAAAUUUGAGUUCAAAUACGGCGUUUUAAGAGCAGAGUGUCGUUUUCGAGUCAAAUAAAAUACUGAUUCCUGCUCUUAGUAUCGAAAACACAAACGAUGCAUUGCUGCACUCAUUGUUUUCACUGUUGCCUUUGGUAUCGAUACCAGCGUUUACCAGUUGCACUGUAAUUUGCAUACAUACAACUUACGGUGAACGUGUUUAUGGAUGGCCAUUAUUUCGUGAAGGAAACCUAUACUUGCAUAAUAGUAAACUUUGUCAGGCUUGCAAGGACAAACAUUCACAACUCAGGGCAAAGAUCGACAAAAUCAAAGAUUUGUUGCCCUCAUGAUGAAAUGGGAAGUGUUUGAAAGACAUGCUGAUGAGCUGAAAAUUUCAGUGACUCUUCAGUUCACUAGUUUGAUGAGAUGUUUGAGUGGAAACUGGAUUCCCCUCUUCUAUGUCUGCACACGCCCCGAAUUAAAUAUAAGUUCACAUUAAACAGAUACUCACGAAUAAUGUCGCCCUGCAUCACACUCCUAUGUUUCCUUUGAUAUGUUACAGCACUUUUAUGCCUCACCUUAGCAGAUCUGUAAAACAUACUUUCCACAACUUUUCUAUGAUUAGAACUAAUAAGCAACAAUGAAGGCUCAUAAUACAUAAUGUAUAAAACAUUAAAAGUACUGCAAGAUCUGUGUGUUUUUAUUUUGAACGCACAACAGCAACAGACCACCAAAGCAACAUAGAAAUGUCUAAGUGAAUCAAAACUUCAGUAAUGUACAUCAACUUUCCAUUCACCUUCAAUUAUGAGUCGUGUUAUUCAUAAGCGUAGCAUUGAAAAGGUUAAUGAGGAUGGUACCAGAUUUUCAGUUUAGAGACUUAGAAUUUAGGGGGUUGCCGAAUACAUUUUUUUUCUUUUCACUAGAAAAGAUUUCCACAUUCCAAGGGUAGAAUGGAUGCAAAAAAAUGACUUCUGAUAUGACAAAUGCAAUUAUACAAGAUUUGUCAAGUCCUACAGAAAAAGCAUGAUUACAUGUUCCUAGUGAAACCUUUAUAGCUCCAAUGCUGAUAUCCUUGACCCAGACCCAAUUAAUUGCUCUCACAACUAGUAUCAAAAUACAAAUGAGCUGCAAAAGGAACAGUCAGUAACAGCACAACUACAUUCAAACUUGGUUCAUUGUGGGAACAGUGAUUGUAAAAAAACGUCAAGCAAAUCCAGUUAUAUUUUAUUAGUUAUGUGAUAGUGAAAACUUUAUCGCAUAGAUUCCUCCCAUUUGCAGGUAGUUCACAGAUAGGUAGUUCAGGUACUGACCAUCGGAGUUAUUCGUUUACACUAUAUCUGUAGCUGCAGCUGACCCAAGCCAUCGCUAUAGGUCUUUGCAAACAACAUGCAUUCAACAAAUAAGAGACUUUUGAGACACUGAUGCCGUAUUUCCGAAUCCCUCGUAUGUAAUCAUGGAAAAGUUGUUUACUUUCGUCACGUAAACCGCCCGAAAAUGACAAGACCGCGCCAGGCACACUAUUUUUCGACGCUGUUACCUAAGGUAAUACUGUUCAUAACCGGUGAUAGAAAUACGAAAGGGCUGCGUACCGUACAAUCAUUUCUCUUAAUAAUAAGAUAAGCAAUAACACAAAUUAAAAAUACUGACUGUAUACAUGUACGUUUUGAUAGUUUGUUACAUGUAGUUUAUAGUGUAAUGGAAGUGUGACGUCAUUAUGAAGUAGGAAGGAUAGUGCAUACGAAUGGAAUACGCGCGCGGGUGUUGGUUGGCGCGCUGGUUCUCAAGCUAAUAUGGGUGCAUUCCACCAAAUGGUCGUAUUUCUGCGCGAGCUCAUUAACGUUUUGUGAUCCCAUGGUUUUUUUUUCUUGUUGUUGUUUUUUACAAUAAGACAUGCCAUAAUCAGGAGAAAUCAUAGAAAUAAUUUCACAUCCCAAAUUUGGGAAUGACUAUUUCCAGUUUGGAGUAUUUCUUUCACAAAAAGUCACAAAUUGUGGGCCUAUUUUGGAUAGAGGCAGGCGGCUACAUUCAGAGCUGAACGCAUAGUUUUACUGCUAUUUUGGGGGCGUCUUCGGGGAAAGGCGAUUAAAAAAAAACCGGGCCGUGGCUAACCGCGAUAAAAUUAAAACGAACUUCUGGCCAUAAUCUUGACUUUUUGAGAAAAAAAGGAAGCAACAUCUUCGCGAAAGUUAACAAGCGGUGCAGUUCCAUCCGAUGUUGCACCGUUUUUUAUGGGCAGGUAUUUGGUGCGGUGCAACCAUUGCUCUCCAUAAUGGAGAUCAAUGGGUGCAACCAGUAAAGACAAGAUGGCGGCGCCGCGCCCACGGCAACAGACAAAAAGGGGGCGCCCUGUCCAUUUUUAGUACCAUUUUAUUUACGACCGGAGAAAAAUCAGCAGUUUUGUCUUUGGAAGUUGUCAAAACAGUAAAUAUUACAGCCACAUAUCAGAGAAAUGUACACCGUGUCUCUUUGGAUAUGGAGGGACUUACUGACUAUUCUGUCCUAAAACAACUGGGAAAGGGUCUGAAAUGUAAGAAUCCACGUCUUGUGAUAAGGGUGAAUUUCCACCUCCAAGUAAUUUCUCUAGGAUUGAAAUGUAAUUUCGUUCGUUAUUUCAAAGAUGGAUUAAUUAAUUAAUUUCGUUCGUUUGAGAGGGGUAGCGAAUUAAAACUAAAUUAAGUUCUUAUUGUGGAAUGUAUCACUCCGCGUCGAGGAGGUGUUUUGAGCUAUGAGUCUAAGGUAUAAGGCUAUUUUCAAGCCUUUUUCCCGUGUUUUUUUUUUCCUGCCGGUUUUUCCCACUGGGUUUUUACAGCCUACAAAUAAUAUAAAUGAAGUUGUGGUGAUGAUGGAAAUAGCCGUGGUAUUUUCAGUAUGACAAUUAUUUAUCACAUGCUUUUAAUUUACUUGAAUGUCAUGAACCAUCGUCUAUAGUUUAGUAUAGGUAAAAUAUUAAACAAUAAUGAUUGAAUGGCUUCCUUAGUAAUCAAUCGUAAUGUUCCACUGUAAUGUCUGGAUUGAAGGGACAGUAAAUGGUAUCAAUCAGUAAGAUAUCUAACUAUAUAAGAUCUUUUAGGUCACAAAGAGGAUUGUUCAUAAUCCUGAAUCAAUGAAAUGAAAGAAGUAAUGAACAAAAAGGGUUAGCGUUCCUGUAGGUCGCCCUCCCAAAGAUGUAACCUAAGUGUCAUGGACUAAUUGUGAACAAAGAUUUUUUUAUGCCCCGCCGACUUCUUGUCAGCGCGAUAACUUGAGAGUUCUUUAUCCGUUUGACCUCAAAUUUGGUGUGUGGAUUAUUCCCUAUAAUCUUAAGAACGCUAUUGAAUUUAGUAGUAAAAUAAUGAGGCCAAAUGUCAAUUCAACUAAAACAAUAGAAUACUCGUCAGCGCAAUAACUUCAGGAACUUCCACUUUGUUUUCCAUUAUUUUCUCAAACCUGAAUUUCCGAAAAAUUCCUAAUCCCCAUGCUUUACUCUUUAAUAUUGAAAUAUGUACACAACUGUUUCAUGUUCUCAUGCAUGUUUUACUACAAUUUGCUCUAUUGAAUCGGGGUUAGGGGAGUUCAUUCGGGGCGGGGCAUUUGUGUUUGUAUAAUAAAUACACCUGACUUGUUUAAAAUCAAAUCUCUGAAGCUGGUGUUUCAUAUGUCACGGCAUUUGAAUUAAAAUGGUAUUCAGAAA